GGCCAAUGUCUAUAAUUCAGCAAAUCCAUGAUACUCAAAUAGCAAAUGCCGAUAAAGAACUCCAUUGGUAUAUCACAUCGGUGAUUGUACCUGAGCUCCCGCAAUUGAUCGAGACUCUUGACCUUUGCUCCAAUCUCCUCUUAUACAAUACUCCCCAGCACCCGGACCCAACCCAGCAAAUACUAAGAGGACCUCCAGUAAAACUUCCGUUGACCUCCAAUAAGCUGGAGAUCUUGAAAGGUAUUCUCAUCCGGGAUGGUCCGUAUAUCGUUCAGUUGAGCAUCAUGUUGCACCAAUCUAAUUUCAACAAGGUGAUCCAUAAGUUGGACUUGAUCAAGCCUGUUCUCCUACAUCAGAUCAUCACUGCCAAGAAGGCUUUGGAUAGUUCUAUCGAUAAUCUUCAGCAGUUCAUAGAAAUGAACCAGCACGGCUCGCAUCUUUGCGACUUGAAUCAUAACGUUUUAAUUGAUUUGUUCAACAAGUUAUUAUCGAAUAUAUCUAUAAGUAAGCAGAGUCUCCAGAUCCCCUUGAAUCCCAAUCUUGUGUUUCCAAAUAAUGUAAUACAAGCCGACUUCUUUCGGCCAGAGCUCCCCUCCAACAUCGCAAUAGACUUGUACUUGAACCAGGCAGAGAUUUGUAUCGACUUGAAGAAAUUACACAUCAUUAACGAACUUCCAUGGUCCAAGAUCGAAAAUGGAAAGUCGUACGUUGACAACAUCCGAGAAGAAAUGAAGCUUCCCAGUAUUCAAACUACAUCGGGUGCUCCUUCCACAGCCGCUUCCACUCCUCAAUUGAAAAGCGAGCCUUUGAAGUUAAGCGAUUUGGACUCCAAGUUGAAAACCUUGAGGGACUCCAACUUCUUGAACAACAUGUUGAACUCCUUGAACUUCAAACCCAAGUUAGAUCCCGUGGAUUACAUCACCAAGUGUGUGACUUUCAAUGAUAUGGUGGUGAUGGUUAACACCAAAAUUGAUGUGAGCUCUCCAGACCCGAUUUUGACCAGUGUCUUCACCAAAUUGGAUUCCAUUGAAUACCUUUUGAGCCUGUUUCUUCAGAACCUAGACGGAAUUUCCUCUGUAUAGCAGCACUAAUGAUUAAUGAACGCUACCUUU